GGUUUGUUUCACCGCCACCCCUCUGUUGCGUCAUCAUGGAACAGUCCUGUCACCACGACGCCAAAUGCCGCCAUGUGAUUGGUCGAUCCAAUCAGGUGACCGAGUUGUAGCAACAGUCGCUAGGGAAACAGACCACGCCCCUUCACGGCUACACAACAGUGGAAAACAUUGGGUAGCGUGCGACUUGAUAAGCGGUGCGAUCUCCAGGUCUAUUAGAAGGAUUUUCUGCGGCUCCUGGGCGUCCAAACCACGAGGAACAGGUGUACAACAUGGCACAGGACCGGAUAGGACUGUACAGGGAUUCUAUGAACGAAAAUCCGCUUUUGGCCAAGUCUCAGCUUGGCAGACCACUGAAGCGAGGCUUCACCCUGCCUCCUGAUGACUUCACAUACGGCAGACCAAACACAGGGAAGGAUGGAGGAACUGCAGAAGCCAUGGGGAACUGGAACGCGGCGCUACCCUCCAUGACGUCCAAACCCGGCGAGCAAAAACGGGAGCGUGACUUCAUCAGCCUGAACCGUGCCGCCAUCAAGGCCGGCCUGGUCACGUCCGGCGAACACUACCACUUCCGCGCCAACCACGACAUCCGGCGCAAAAUGUCGCCCAGCGAGAACAAAAUCCGCACCAGGCGCAUUCCUCCUGAUAUGACCUUUGGCAUUUCCACAAGACCGUCCACGCCUGUGUUUGACCUGUUAGAGCAUAAGUACCAGGACCGCUGGCUGCAGCAGCGAAGGCUCACAGAACUGGCAAACCGUGAAAAGCAACAGAAAAAGAUCCUAAACGGCAACAUCUAUGAAACAAGGGCCUCAUUGUUGAGAAAGUACAGCCCAGUGGUGGAGCCACCACCCCUCUGGCACAUGCCUCGCUUUGAAAGGGUGCACCCGCAUUUGGAGACUUUCCGGUCACCAGAGGCGAGAAAAUUGGCAUUCCGGGCGCAUUCUCACGACGCCACGUCUCGGACUGGAGUGUUCGGCCACGGAAUCUACGCGGCGGCGAAGAGUUAAAGUCUUUAAUUUCGCCAAAUACAAAGUCGUUAACCUAUUAUGUAUGGUUAUUUCUAUUUCACACAUAUCAUCAGUGUAUUAAUCUUACAGAUUAUUCUGUUAGCAAAAUCAAGUGCUGAACAAAGCCAUGUGUUAAUAAUUCUAACUGCACUUGACUUUUGCUAACGUCUCAGUUUUAUUCUACCCAGCAAAGUAAAAUCUCUGUGCCAUUUAAUCAUCUACAUUCAGAAUUUGCUGACGGCAAAUUGUGCAUGCUUUCAACAGUGUUACAAUAAGGCCACACCGAUUUAGUUAAUUGGUUCUCGGUUUCGCUCGCUUCAUUUUUUUUUCCGAUUUGCAAAAAAACAUUUUAGGUUCUGAAUCAAGACCAAAAUGUACAUAUUUUGGCCCCAACAGUUGAAGAAAGUCUAUGCCUUCUAUUCUUUGUUACAGUUUUUCCAUCUAUCAAUGCAGUGGUUUGAUUUCAAGUUCAAAAUUCAUUGAAUUAUAAACCAGCCUAUGGCUCCUUUUGUAGCAUUUGGGGCUAUCAUAGGAUAUGCCAAGGCCUGUUUUUUUCGCCCUGUUGUUUCAUAUUUUUUCUGAAAAAAUCUUAGAACCAACAAAUUGAAUUGGUGUGGCCUCAUCUGAUGAGAAAAAACUUUUGUGGCUAGAGAUUAGGUUUUGUACAAUGUAAAUGUAUAAUAUGUUAUUUUAUUUUUUUCAAUUCUGAACCCCCAACUACUUAAGUGAUAAUUCAGUCACAUUUUGGGAUCCAUUCACAUAAACACCAUCCAAGAAUCUAUUAGACAUUUCUUAAAGAAAAUUUUUUUUUCAGAAAUUGCCACUGUGCUUCCCAGAUUUGUACCCAUUUAUGCCUUCAAUGGUUUUGAAUUCUUAACUUUGUCUCAAGACAAUAACUUAAAGAAAGAAUUACAUAUCUGUUUUUUUUUCUUGUAACAGUGGAUGAUAUCUAUUUAUCACUGAUGUUACUAGCCACAUUUUUUUAUUUCUUCAUAUUAUAUUGGAAAGAAGCUACCACAGGUAUCUUGAAUAAGAUAGUAAACAUUUUAUACUACAUUUUUAAUGGUAGAAGAAAGUACUGAACACAACUGACUGAAAGAACAUCUCAGUUUAACAUCAGUGAUACAUGUAUAUCUCCACUGUUAUAUUGUUUGUACAGUUUAUUUUGUAAAAGUACUGUUUGCUUGUACAUAUAUGUCAACAUUGUUAUUAUGUGUUUGCAACAAUACAACUUUGCCCAGAGUGAAACAAAACAACAACAGAAAUUAGAGGAACCUCUUUUUUUUAAAUCUCGUGAAUUUUUCUUAGAAUUUACAAAGAUGGUUGACAAGGGAAGAAGGUAGAACUGUUUUUGUUGCUGUCACAUAUAUUUUGUGUGAGUUAUUUGUGAAUAAGUGCUGGAUAGGUUGAGGUCAGAGUUGGCUAUAGCUGUGGUCACCAUGGGUUGUGUCCGAAUAAAUUUCUGUUGCAUGUAAAUGUGAA